AUGAAUUUUGUAUCUGUAUUCUUGAUUGCUCUUCUCGCUAUCGGAGUAUUCUCCACUGAAUUGGAAACGAAACAAACGAUGGAAGGAGGAGCUGGAAUCGAGACUCAUACCAAGAUGGAUACUGGAGAUCAUCAGAUGAAUACACAAACUGAAUUACACAACCGUCAACGUCGUUGGGGAUACUACGGUGGAUACGGUGGAUACGGAGGAAUGGGAUACGGUGGAAUGGGAUAUGGACGUGGAUACGGUAUGGGAUACGGUAUGAGAGGAUACGGAGGAAUGGGAGGAUAUUAUGGAUAA